AUGCGACGCGACUAUUUACCUAUUGAGGCUCUGUCUACCUGGGCAAAGCUCAAUGGCAUGUCCCUAGAGGGAAUCGCUUUCCAGAAGCUCCAUGGCGAACACGGGACAGACAAGGGCACCGCGAUCGUAGCGACAGCGGAGAAAAAGGACGAAGACGCUGAAGCAGACACUCUUCUCACGGUUCCAUCCGACCUGGCACUGACUCUCGAGUACGUUCACAACCAUGCAAAAACUGAUCGCCAUCUUCGGGAGGUCCUAGAUGCUGUUGGCGACUUUGGCAGGACAGCUAGAGGCGCGAUUUUAAUCUUUUUAAUUGUCCAAAUCACGCAUGCAAGUCCGGACUUCGCCAACCAACGCCAGAAGAUCGGGGUCUCGAACCCUUGGACAGAGUACAUCAGGUUUAUGCCGGCCUCUAUACCUCUACCGACAUUUUACUCAGCAGAAGAGCGCGAGCUGUUACGCGGGACAUCGUUGCAGACUGCAGUCGACGCGAAACUUGGUUCUCUUGAAAAAGAAUUCGAGCACCUCCGCCAAGCUACGGAGGACAUACACUGGUGUCAGGAGCAUUGGUGGGAUGAGGAUACAGGGAAAUUCACAUUCGACGACUUGAAGUAUGUCGACGCUGUGUAUCGGUCACGAGUGGUUGAUCUUCCCAGGAGUGGACAUGCAAUUGUGCCAUGUGUAGAUAUGGCAAACCAUGCCUGUGAGGACUUGGUGAAAGCCAGGUACGAUGAGGAUGGAGCCGGAAACGCUGUACUCCAGCUUCGAACUGGGAAGAAGCUACGUGUUGGCGAGGAAGUUACUAUAUCGUAUGGUGAUGAGAAACCAGCCUCGGAGAUGGUAUUCUCCUACGGUUUCGUUGAAAACGAGAGGACGGACGCGAAGCAGAUUUUCCUCGACCUGGAAAUUCCCGAUGAUGAUCCUUUGAAAAUGGCCAAGCAAGUAUUCUGCAAGGAGGUUCCUGGGGUACGGAUCACCAGAGCUACUACAGCAUGUCCGGAGCGGGGCAAAACGACAUGGGAUAGCCCCUUUGUAUGGUGGGCUUGUGUAAACGAGGAAGACGGCCUCAAUUUCGACGUGGUGCAAACCACUGAUGGGGGCAAAGAACUAAGAGCUACCUGGAAAGGAGAGGACAUGGGAACGCCCAGCCGCCUCAAGGAUUUGCUAGCAGCGGACCCUUUAUGGGCUAUUUUCCAGCUUCGUGCAGUUGUGCUCAUACUCGAGCGGCUUGAGACUCAACUGGUGAUCCUACGGGAGACCGAAAAGCUAGUUGCCGAAAUAAGCAAUGACGAGGACAUGCGAGCGCUCUUUCGAACUGAUGUUUUGAAUACGAUAUCUAGCUUGCGGAGGCUAGAAGCUGAAUUGUUGCAGUGGAGUAUCGAGGACCUAAUGUGUAGGCGACAGGAACUGAUAACAUCUGAGACGGUCACUGCGUACCUCAACCAGCAGUCGGAUGACGUAGAAGAGGAUUUUUCAUAA